AUGCGGAAUCUGCGCAACAUCGGGCACGGCGCAUACAAGCGUCAAGAACCCCUGCCCUCCAUCUCGGCCUCCUGCUGGGACGUAUCCCGCGAUGAGAUUAUCCUUGCUCAUGGCCCUACCCAAGACUUUUCCCGAGUCGAGCUGGUGAGGCUCGUGAAGGACUCGGGUGAACCUUCAAACCUUGAAUCAAAACCCAUAGCAUCAUGGGAUGCCGCCCCCAUCCUCAGCCAGGACGGCUCGGAAGAGCCAGUGGAGCAGCCAGACACUAUCAAGUCCCUUCACUACUUCCCCGACACCUUGACAACAUGCCUUAUCAUGGCCGGCGGCGACAUCGUCACCGUUGUCGAGUCCGACGACUCCUACGGCAGCGCACCCGGUGAGGGUGAGGCGCAUGUCGAAAUAGUCGGCACCCUCUCCCCCUCCGUCUCGGCCGCCCGCUGGUCUCCGGACGAAGAACUCCUCACCGUCUGCACCGGCGACGGCCAGGUGCUCUUCAUGAGCCGCACCUUCGACGUCAUCACCUCGGCCACCAUGGCCGAGGACAACCUCAAGCUGUCCAAGCACGUUUCCGUCGGCUGGGGCAAGAAGGAGACGCAGUUCCAGGGCCGGGGCGCCAAAGCCAAGGCGUUGCGUGACCCUACCAUUCCCGAGAAGGUGGACGAGGGCAGGCUCAGUGCCAAUGACGACGGCAAGAGAUGCACCAUCAGCUGGCGUGGCGACGGCGCCUAUGUGGCCGUUAACUUUUACUCUCCGGAAAGCGGCAACAGGAGAGUCAUCCGUGUGUAUAACCGCGACGGAGAGCUGGACAGCGUCAGCGAGCCGGUCGAUGGUCUGGAGGGCAGUCUCAGCUGGCGGCCCGAGGGGAACCUGAUGGCUGGUAUCCAGCGCUUCGCCGGUGAUGAUGGCCGUGUGGACGUUGUCUUUUUUGAGAGAAACGGGCUCAGACACGGCCAGUUCACGCUCCAGAUUCCCAAGGACCAGCCGGAGGCUGCGGAGGACUUGGCGCUCGAGUGGAAUGCGGACUCAACUGUCCUUGCUGUUGUCAUGAAGGAUAGGGUGCAGCUGUAUACCAUGGGUAACUAUCACUGGUAUUUGAAGCAGGAGAUUCCGUGCGCGGAUUACGCCCGGGCCAAGGAGCAGGCGCUGCCUUGGUUCUCGUGGCAUGCUGAGAAGCCGCUUCUUUUUGCCGUAGCUGCUGCGGAAAGAGUCGUCUGGUUCGAAUUCAUCCUGUCCAUCGCCCGUGGUCCCAUGUGCGGUGGUAUGGGCGAUGUUGCAGUUAUCGACGGACGCACCAUCAAGUUCACUCCCUUCCAGACAGCCAACGUGCCACCUCCUAUGGCCCUCUACGACAUCGAGGUGGACUACCCCAUAACCGACAUCGCCUUUUCCAAGGAUGGCUCGCAGAUGGCCGUCUUGCACCAAAAGGGCAUGCACCUCUUUGCCCUUGAAAAGCAAGGCCCCGGAGCUGGUCGUCGUGCCAUUCCCAAGUUGCUCAAGACCAUCCCGCUUGACAACUUCGAGAACAAGUGCCAGCUACAAAUCGCCUUCUCUGCUCCUUCCCAGGUUCAGAUACUCUCGCUGGAUGAUUUCCAGCUGCAGAUUACGGCUUGGGACUUUAACGAGGAACUGAUGGGUGAAGUUGGCGUUGGUCUGCAGGCUGUCACUCUGACUUCUGCUGAUGAAACUUCAACUGAGGAAGGCGCAGUCGUUCAGAGUUGCCAGGGCAACAUUACCCGGGUCUCCUUGGAGACUGGCGAGACAGUGCUGGGCAAAUUCCCUACUCUUCUCCCAUGGGCUACCUACACGACCUUUGAAGACCAAUUCAUCGCUUUUGGCUUGUCCAGGAAUGGCCAUCUCUACGCCAACUCUCGCCAGUUGGUCAAGAACUGUACAUCUUUCGUCGUCACUGACAAGCAUCUUAUCUACACGACCAGCAACCAUUUUGUCAAGUUCAUCCACUUGACGGCCAAUGUUGACGAACUCGAUGUGCCUCUGGAUGAUCCCGAGACCGAUGAGCGUUGCAGAAGCAUCGAGCGUGGAGGCCGUCUCGUCACGGCUAUGCCUUCCAGGAUGAGCAUUGUGCUCCAGAUGCCUCGCGGCAAUCUCGAGACCAUCUAUCCCCGUGCCAUGGUCCUGGCCGGUAUCAGACAGCUGGUCGAGCAAAAGGAGUAUGGUGCUGCCUUUGCCACAUGCCGCACCCAGCGUGUGGACAUGAACCUUCUCUAUGACCACCGCCCCGAGCAAUUCCUUGAGAACGUCGGUCUCUUCCUUGACCAGGUCAAGAACGCAGCUGACAUUGACUUGUUCCUGUCCACCCUCAAGGAGGAGGACGUCACGCAAACCAUGUACCGCAACACCAAAGCCGGCGUCGUCACAGCCACUACUCAGCAGCCGGUGGCGGCCCUGGCCACUGCUCCCAAGACCAGCAAGAUCAACACCAUCUGCGACGCCGUCCUGCACAGCUUGAAGGCCAAGAAGAGCGCCAACCUGCAGAAUAUCAUCACCGCUCACGUCUGCAAGAACCCUCCCGCCCUCUCGGACGGUCUGCAGGUGGUCGCCUCCCUUAUGGAAGAGGACGAAACCCUGGCCGAGCGCGCAGUCGAGCACAUCUGCUUCCUAGUCGACAUCAACAAGCUCUACGACCAUGCCCUUUCGCUCUACAACCUCGAGCUGACUCUCCUCGUUGCCCAGCAAUCGCAGCGCGACCCCCGCGAAUACCUCCCCUUCAUCCAGUCGCUGCACAAAAUGGACCCUCUCCGCCGGCAAUUCACUAUCGACGACCACCUCUCCCACCACGAAAAGGCGCUCGUCCACCUCCGGGCCAUCGCCAACACUUACUCGGAGGAGGUCGAGUCCUACAUCGUCAAGCACCAACUCUACCCUUCUGCCCUCGCCCUCUACCGCAACGAACCUGGUCCCCUCCGCACCAUCACAUCCCUCUACGCCUCCCACCUCCGCUCACUCUCCAAGUUCCGCGACGCCGGCCUAGCCUACGAGUCCCUAGGCGACUACCCCUCAGCAACAGAAUGCUACCUCAAAGCCGGCUCCUCCUCCUGGCGCGAGUGCCUCUUCACCUCCUCCCUCGAUCCUUCCCUUUCUGCCGACCAGCGCCACGAAAUUGCCUCCACUCUGGCCGAUGCCCUUCGCGAAGCCAAGGACUGGAGCGCCGUCGCCACCAUCCAAGCCGAGCACCUUUCCUCUUUGGAGUCCGCCAUUUCCGCUCUCUGCAAGGGCUACCUCUUCGCCGACGCCUUCCGCUUGAUCUCCCUGCACUCCCGCCCGGAACUUCUCGAAUCGCACCUCGACCCCGGCCUCCUCGACGCCUUUUCUUCCUCAACCGAGUUCCUAGCAGACUGCAAAUCCCAACUCAAAGCCCAAGUCCCCCGCAUCCUCGAACUCCGUGUCAAGGCCGCUGAGGACCCGCUUGCGUUCUACGAAGGUGAAAAUCCCUUUGGUACUCGCACGGGUGCUGCCGGAGGUGAUAUCCCCGAUGAUAUUUCCAUCGCUGCCUCUUCGCGGGUAUCGACCUCCGCUUCGCUGUUUACCCGCUACACCGGCAAGGGGUCGCAGGUUACGGGUACUGUAGCGUCCAACGUCUCCCGCGCUACGAGCAAGAACAGGAAGAGGGAGGAGAAGAAGCGCGCUAGAGGAAGGAAGGGCACGGUUUACGAGGAGGAAUACCUCGUUAACUCUGUUCGUCGCCUGGUUGAGCGUGUCGAAGGCAGCGCCAGACAGGAGGUGGAGAGAUUAGUCUGCGCGUUGGUCAGGAGGGGUAUGUCAGAGAGGGCAAGGGCCGUGGAGGGGUUAAUGGGUGAGGUUGUGGAGGGGUGUGAGAGAGCUGUGGGAGAGGUUUGGCCUCAGCAGCAGAAUGGUGAGCAGCAGCAGCAGGAAGGGGUGAGAGCGGAGGUGAUUUUGAGGGUGCUGAUUGGAGGCCGACGGGUGGUGACGCGGUCUUGGCGGAUAGUAUUGAAGCUAUGA